UUACUUCCGGGAGCAUGGGCUGAGGACUUGCAAGCUCCGCAGAUGGUGGGCUCUGUUGCUGGGAACAUGCUGCUGCGAGCCGCUUGGAGGCGGGCGUCGUUGGCGGCUACCUCUGUGGCCCUGCGAAGGUCUUCGGUGCCCACCCGGGGACUGCGCCUGCGCGUUGUAGAUCAUGCCCCCCAUUCGGCUGUUCCCUCCGAGGCAGAGGCAGUGCUGCGACCUCUCUAUAUGGACGUGCAGGCUACAACUCCUCUGGAUCCUAGGGUGCUCGAUGCUAUGCUCCCAUACCUUGUCAACUACUAUGGGAACCCACAUUCUCGGACUCACGCAUACGGCUGGGAGAGUGAGGCAGCCAUGGAACAUGCUCGCCAGCAAGUAGCAUCUCUGAUUGGAGCUGAUCCUCGGGAGAUCAUUUUUACAAGUGGAGCUACUGAGUCCAACAACAUAGCAAUUAAGGGAGUGGCUAGGUUCUACAAGUCAAGGAAAAAACACGUGGUCACCACCCAGACGGAACACAAAUGUGUGCUGGAUUCCUGCCGCUCCCUGGAAGCCGAGGGCUUUCGGGUCACUUACCUCCCAGUGCAGAAGAGUGGGAUCAUUGACUUAAAGGAACUGGAGGCUGCCAUCCAACCAGACACUAGUCUGGUCUCCGUUAUGACUGUGAACAAUGAGAUUGGAGUAAAGCAACCGAUUGCAGAAAUAGGGAAGAUUUGCAGUUCCAGAAAGGUGUACUUCCAUACUGAUGCAGCCCAAGCUGUUGGGAAAAUCCCACUUGAUGUCAAUGACAUGAAAAUUGAUCUCAUGAGCAUCAGUGGGCAUAAAAUCUACGGCCCUAAAGGGGUCGGUGCUAUCUACAUCCGCCGUAGGCCCCGGGUACGUGUGGAGGCCCUACAGAGUGGAGGCGGGCAGGAGCGGGGAAUGCGGUCUGGGACAGUGCCCACACCCUUGGUGGUGGGCCUGGGAGCUGCAUGUGAAUUGGCACAACAAGAGAUGGAGUACGACCAUAAGCGAAUCUCAAAGUUGGCCGAGCGACUGAUACAGAAGAUAAUGAAGAACCUUCCAGAUGUGGUGAUGAACGGGGACCCGAAACAGCACUACCCUGGCUGUAUCAACCUCUCCUUUGCAUAUGUGGAAGGGGAGAGCCUGCUGAUGGCACUCAAGGAUGUUGCCUUGUCCUCAGGGAGUGCCUGCACUUCCGCAUCAUUGGAGCCCUCUUAUGUCCUCAGAGCAAUCGGUACAGAUGAAGAUUUAGCACACUCCUCUAUCAGGUUUGGAAUCGGCCGCUUCACUACAGAGGAAGAGGUGGACUACACCGUGGAGAAGUGCAUCCAGCAUGUCAAGCGACUUCGGGAGAUGAGUCCUCUCUGGGAGAUGGUGCAGGAUGGCAUUGACCUCAAGAGCAUCAAGUGGACCCAGCAUUAGAGGAGUGGGCUGUGACUGUCUGCUGACCUGCCUGCUCCAGCCUCCCUGAUCCAUACACAGCCAGGAACCUCACUACCUGCAGGUGGUCCAUGCUCAGACCAGAUCGGAAGUUCUUCAGUGACUUCACCACACAAAGUUUUCAAGUGAGAAAUUGAAGGAAGUAUCUUUCCUAGCCUCGGCUCCUUUGUAGGCACAUCUUCCCUAUUCUUCCUCAGGAGCUCUUCUCUUGUCUAGUGUGGCCAUUCUUAUCUGAAGGUCUGUAGGCACUGCCAUGCUACUGCCACGGGGAGUACUACCUGUGGGGAGAUGGAGGAACUGAAAGAAGGCCGUAGGUUCAAAGACUGCUUCUCUGUGAGUAUUCGAAUCUUCACUCUUCCUGCUCAGCUGGACUGACACCAUUAGGGACUGGCAUAAACAAACUUUAUUUUAGCCUUUUUUGUGGCUUCAAAAGACAUCUCCUUAUAUCGACUUGAGCCGAAGACCAGCAAGUUGUAUUAAAGUCUCGUUUCCUUUGUGGUCCCAUCUUCCUUUCUCUCUUUUGAUUUUAAUAUUAGUAGUAAUAUCCAUGACCUCGCUCACUAUUCUAAUAAUUUGCUUAAUUCAUUCAAUGUUGUUAAUUUGAAGAUUGAAGAAAUAAAUUCCCAUUUCCCUUCCUA